AUGGACCCUGAGCUUAUAAAGGAAGUAUUCAGCAAAAACUAUCUUUAUCAAAAGCCUCAUUCAAAUCCAUUAGCCAAGUUACUGGCACAAGGACUUGUAAGCCAGGAGGGAGACAAAUGGGCCAAACACAGUAAAAUUAUCAAUCUCGCCUUCCAUCUGGAUAAGCUAAAGCACAUGCUUCCAGCUUUUUGCUUGAGUUGUACCGAGAUGAUAAGCAAAUGGGAAAACACUGUUUCAGUUGAAGGCCCACACGAGAUAGAUGUAUGGCCUCACCUUCAACAAUUGACUAGUGAUGUGAUUUCUCGGACAGCUUUUGGCAGUAGCUAUGAAGAAGGUAGAAGAAUAUUUGAACUUCGAAAGGAACAAGCUCAGCAUUUCAUGGAAGUUAUACGAUCGGUUUAUAUCCCGGGGUGGAG